AUGGCAGUGGUGGUUUCCCUGCUGGGGCUACGCUGUCUGGGGCAGGCCCCCCGGCCCCCGGUCCGCUGCUGCACCUACAGGGCCGCCGCCCGCUACCUUUCCGCCUGCUGCGCGCGAGGCUCCGGCUUCUGCACAUCCCUGCUACACCUGUCACCCUCUGUCUCACGCACGUGCACACGUGUGUGGCCACCCCCGCGGGGCACCCUCCAAGUCCUCCGUGGCAAUGGCACUUCUGUGGGGACCGUCAUCGUGUUCCACUGCCCCUCAGGCCACCAGAUGGUUGGGUCCGGCCUCCUGACCUGUGCCUGGAAGGGCAGUGUCGCCGAGUGGUCUUCAGUGACCCCCGUGUGCAAAUCCGUGCCGCCGUAUGAGACCUUUGGCUUCAAGGUGGCUGUGAUUGCCUCCAUCGUCAGCUGCGCCAUCAUCCUGCUCAUGUCCAUGGCCUUCUUCACCUGCUGCCUCAUGAAGUGCAUGAAGAGGAGUGAGCAGCCAUCUGACAGGGCGACCCAGCUGUGGCUCCAGCUGAGAGCCGGGGACUUGGAGACGGUGCCGGCGGCCUACCUCGGCCUCAAGGGUCUGAACAACAGCAACAGUGGCGGCAGCAGGGAGCCGGGGGUCCGGCCUGGCCAGGCGCAUGACAACUACAGUUUUACCAUGGAGUCCAGUCGAGGCGGCACGUGGGCUGCAGAGAGAGCACCUCCCAGUGUCGCUAGCUUUGAGCGUGUGCCCUCUGACCCCGAUGACAAGUGGCACCAGCGGCUGGGGCCUCUGGGCUUCCUCACGGCCACACUCGGGUUGCUUCUCUGCGAGGUGCCCCGUGGUGGCACGGCGGGUGCCAGCUUCCCGCUCAUGGGCACCUCCUCGGUUAACGCUGAGGAAGAGCAUCCCCCACACCUUUGGUUUCAGAGCUUUUCGGUCACCCCCACCGGUGGCGCCUCCUGGUUACAGACCUGUGACAGACUGUCCCGUGUCCCGGCUGGGGAGCGUGCCGGUGCAGUGGGGGAGGAAUGGCUGCCUCUCGUAUGUGCCCUCCUGGGCAAGUCCUCGGUGCCUGGCGGCUCCCACUGCAGGCGGGACCUGGGUGAGGGCACCAGAGAGCUGGCUGGCAUGGCCCGCAGCAUGGACAAGGACGCCUGGACCACCAGUUGUCCUGCGGGCUCACCCCAUGCCCAGGUGAUGGUGCACACGGCGGACCUGGGGGGUGCCCCGCCUGCCUCCUGGCCUACUGCAGGAAUGUCCAGACAGCACAUGGCCUACGUCCCAGGCGCAGCGCAGCUGGCCAGGGGCUGGCACCGGGCCACGUGGAGGCCAGCCGGUGCACACAGCCAGGAGCCACAGCCGUUGGCGGAGGCCUCGCUGGUGGUGGCCAUCUCCGUGGCCUGGGUCUCGUUGCACCCUGACUUGACGGGGCCGGGGACUCACUUCCAGGAGAUUCCCUCCCUCGUGGGCAGCUGGUGCCGGCUGCUGGCUGUGGGCCUCUGCUCCUGCCCACACCGGGCUCUCCGCAGCGUGGCCUGCGUGUCCUCAGCAUGUGGGGGCGGCUCCCCCGGAGCAGGGAAGCCCGGCGGAAUUCGCUCCCAGUGUUUGGGCAGCUCCCGUUCAGUGACCGCCAAAACCAGGCCCAAGAGUUUUGGGAUUUCCAAUCCAUUCCCUGGCUACCCCCAGCACACGCACCUGUGA